AUUUUGCGAGAUUCGCACGAAAAAAGUGAGGUUAGAAUCACGAAAAUCACCAGGAUGAAAACGACUCGUUUACAAAUCAUUUUUUUAACUUAACUUUAUUAAAUUAAUAAAUAAUUAGUUGUUUACGGUGCGAGUUUUAAACAUUAAAUGAUCCCCACUGAAAUCCCGGCUUAAAUUUAACUGUAUUUUACCCUGACUUGAAUGAAUAAGUUCGCAUAAACGGAUAACUGUACAAGUUAAAAGUACCCGAAGAAAGUUAACUUUCACCUUAAAAUCCAAAAUUUAUAAAAAAAUAACCUCACUUUUUAGAGGCGAGAAUUCCUAAAUGGAUGAAAACAAAGAGAUUGUUGAAGAUUUUUAUGGAGUUUAUCUUUUAUAUUGUAAAAACCCUAAAUAUUUAGGUAAAACGUACAUCGGAUACACCGUAGAUCCUAAUCGAAGGAUUAAACAGCAUAAUAAAGGGAAAAAAUACGGUGGGGCUUAUAAAACGAGUAAAAAAGGACCUUGGACGAUGGUUAUGAUUAUACACGGAUUUCCUAAUGAUAUCGCCGCUUUACGGUUUGAAUGGGCUUGGCAGCACCCCACAUCUUCUCAAAGACUAAAUCACAUCCAAAAACAAAAAAGGAAUGAGAAACAAUAUGAUUAUCGAUUGAGGGUUUUAUCUGAAAUGUUAACAGUGGGGCCAUGGAAUCGAUUACCUCUAACAAUACGAUGGUUGGAUGAGACGUUAUUUCGCGAUUUAGCAGGUUUAAAAAUCCCCCCAAUACAUAUGCCAAUUUGUAUUGGUGGAGUUAUCAGCAAAAAAGUCGCAAAGCAAGCUGAAAAUGACUCGAAUGAAUUAAUUUCGUGCGUUAUUUGUGACAAAAAAAUCGAAGGGAAAGCUUUAAGAUGUUUGAGAAAAAGUUGUGAUUUAAUUAGUCAUGUAAUUUGCUUGUCGCGGUUUUUUUUGAGAUUAGGGGAGUAUGUUCCGAUUGAGGGUGAUGUAUCCCUCAUUUGGUUUCAUAUAACAUUCUUGGAGAUAUCAUUAAAAAUUGGAAGCUUUAAUUUUGACAUUUCUAAUAAAUUCAUCUAAAUUAAGAUUAAAGAUAAAAUCUUCCUCUUUAAGAUGAUGUACUAUACCUCAUUUGGUUUUAUAUAACAUUCUUAGAGAUAUCAUUAAAAAUUUCAAGCUUA